AUGAGGGGCGGCGCCGCCCUGGGCCACCAGCGAUGGAGCGGCUCGGCGGGGACGACGCCGCGGUCGCUCAGCACGGGCUCCUCGCCGCGGGGCUCCGAGCGCAGCUCCGACGACGGGGAGGAGCUGGUCGAGGUCACGCUCGACCUGCAGGAGGACGACACCAUCAUUCUGCGGAGCGUCGAGCCGGCCGCGGCGGGGGCCGCCACCGGGCUGCCGCUGGGCGCGCGCGGGGACCAUGCGGGCGGCGCGUCGUCGUCGUCGCGGUCCCGGUCGCCGUCGAUCAGGCGGACCUCGUCGCACCGGCUGCUGCAGUUCUCGCAGGAGAUCAAGGCGGAGGCCAUGUCCAUCGCGCGCCAGUUCUCGCAGGACCUCACCAAGCGCUUCGGCCGCACCCAGAGCCGCGCGGAAGGGCAGGGGCAUCAGCAGCAGCAGCCGUCGACAGGCAUCGAGUCGGCCCUCGCUGCCCGCGCCGCGCGCGCGCGGCGGCGCGCAGCAGCUCGACCGCACGCGCUCCGGCGCGCACAAGGCGCUCCGCGGCCUCCGCUUCAUCAGCAGCAACAAGGCCAACAACGCCUGGAUGGAGGGAUGACGGAAUCGAAAGAGUUCGCGCUCGAGCUGUUUGACACAUUGAGCCGCCGCCGUCAGAUGCAGGUCGACAAAAUCAACAAGGAGGAGCUGCGCGAGAUCUGGCAGCAGAUCACGGACAACAGCUUCGAUUCCCGCCUCCAGAUCUUCUUCGACAUGGUGGAUAAGAACGCGGACGGCCGGAUUGGGGAGGAGGAGGUGAAAGAGAUUAUCAUGUUAAGUGCAUCUGCCAACAAGCUGUCCAGGCUUAAGGAGCAAGCUGAAGAGUAUGCCGCCCUGAUCAUGGAGGAGCUUGAUCCUGAAGGACUUGGCUACAUUGAGUUGUGGCAGUUGGAGACCCUUCUGUUGCAGAAGGAUACCUACAUGAACUACAGUCAGGCACUAAGUUACACAAGCCAAGCACUAAGUCAGAACCUAGCAGGCUUAAGGAAAAAGAGUCCAAUUCGCAAGAUAAGUACUACGUUGAGUUACUACUUGGAGGAUAAUUGGAAACGCCUAUGGGUGCUUGCAUUAUGGAUUGGAAUAAUGGCCGGACUAUUCACUUGGAAGUUCAUGCAGUAUCGCAACAGGUAUGUCUUUAAUGUGAUGGGCUACUGCGUGACCACUGCAAAAGGCGCUGCUGAAACCCUGAAGCUGAACAUGGCAAUUAUCCUCCUCCCAGUAUGCCGUAACACCAUUACUUGGUUGAGAAAUACAAGGGCUGCACGGGCAUUACCAUUUGAUGAUAAUAUAAACUUCCACAAGACUAUUGCAGCAGCAAUCGUUGUUGGUAUAAUCCUCCAUGCAGGGAACCACCUUGUGUGUGAUUUUCCACGGCUUAUACAUUCAUCAAAUGAGAAUUAUGCUCCUCUGGGCCAGUACUUCGGUGAAACAAAGCCAACAUAUUUUACAUUGGUCAAAGGAGUGGAAGGCAUCACUGGUGUAAUUAUGGUUAUCUGUAUGAUUAUUGCUUUCACUUUAGCAACACGGUGGUUCCGCCGUAGCCUAGUGAAGCUUCCAAAACCAUUUGACAAACUGACUGGCUUCAAUGCCUUCUGGUACUCUCAUCACUUAUUCAUAAUUGUGUAUUUGGCUCUCAUUGUUCAUGGCCAGUUCCUGUACCUCAUUCAUGUCUGGUACCGAAAAACGACAUGGAUGUAUCUGGCAGUGCCUGUUUGCUUGUAUGUAGGGGAGAGGGUGCUGAGGUUCUUCAGGUCUGGCAGUUAUUCUGUCAGGCUAUUGAAGGUGGCCAUAUAUCCUGGUAAUGUGUUGACACUGCAAAUGUCCAAGCCUCCUGCUUUCCGGUACAAGAGUGGGCAAUAUAUGUUUGUUCAAUGUCCAGCAGUGUCACCCUUUGAGUGGCAUCCGUUCUCAAUUACUUCAGCGCCUGGGGAUGAUUAUCUCAGCAUUCAUGUUCGACAACUUGGUGACUGGACACGAGAACUCAAGAGGGUUUUCGCGGCAGCUUGUGAACCCCCAGUGGGUGGUAAAAGUGGCCUUCUUAGAGCAGAUGAGACAACCAAGAAAGCCUUACCAAAACUUCUGAUUGAUGGACCUUAUGGUUCUCCUGCUCAGGAUUACAGCAAGUAUGAUGUUCUUCUACUUGUUGGAUUAGGAAUUGGUGCAACUCCUUUUAUCAGCAUACUGAAAGAUCUUCUUAACAAUAUCAUAAGGAUGGAGGAAGAGGAGGAUACUUCCACUGAUCUUUAUCCUCCAGUUGGUCCGAAUAAGCCGCACAUAGAUCUGAGCACACUUAUGACGGUCACAUCAAAACCAAAGAGGGUUCUAAGGACCACAAAUGCCUACUUUUAUUGGGUUACACGUGAGCAAGGUUCUUUUGAUUGGUUCAAGGGAGUCAUGAAUGAGAUUGCUGAACUGGACCAAAGGAAUAUCAUUGAGAUGCACAACUACCUCACGAGUGUUUAUGAGGAAGGGGAUGCUCGGUCAGCGCUCAUCACCAUGCUUCAAGCUUUGAACCAUGCAAAGAAUGGCGUUGACAUUGUCUCUGGAACUAAAGUCCGGACACACUUUGCAAGACCAAAUUGGAAAAAAGUCCUAUCUAAAAUUGCCUCCAAGCAUCCAUAUGCCAAGAUAGGUGUAUUCUACUGUGGAGCUCCAGUUCUUGCACAAGAACUAAACAAACUGUGCCACGAAUUCAAUGGGAAAAGCACUACGAAAUUUGAGUUUCACAAGGAGCAUUUCUGA